AUGCAGUGGGCCGAGGCCGAUGCCUGCCGACAGGAACGCCUGAAAACUAUUCAUGCCUACCUACCACGUCUGAAGGAAGAGGUUGCUGAGCUGGCUCGAUCCUGUUGUGUUGAGUCGCAAGAAUUGGCCAUCAUCGAAGAAUUUACCGGCAAUGAGGAAGCGCUGGUGGACUACCUAGAAAAGCGCAUCGAAGAGUUGAAAACCAUUUACCAAAAACAUCGCCAGGUCUACGACGGUAUCGCCAACUUUCAAAGUCUUUGGAGGGCACUGCUGGAGGUGGAACGUCGGAUGCGUGAUCCAGCCAUCCUCUCUAAUCGCGGUGGCAUCCUCCUGAAGACGGAGAAGGAGAAGAAACGUCUCCUAAAGGAGGUCCAAAAGGCCGAGGCUGAGGCGAAGGCUGCGAUUGAAGUCUAUGAAGCAGAGAAAGGAGAGGUCUUUCACCUCUCUAAU